AUGGACGGUGAUCCAGCAGUCGAAUCCGAACUCGACGCCUUCAGCCUCGUAUUCCCUCUUCCCUUUCGCGUCGGCUUCAUCGCAACACUAGCCGUCUGGGGUUGGGGCCUCAACCUGCACUACUUGUACCUGGCCAAAGUCGACGUCCCAUCGUUGAUACGCUACCCGGGCCGCUCCUCGCCGCACCACAUACCGCACCACCUCUCGACGUACCGCCUCGCGACCUUCCUCUCGGGCCUCUUCGCCGUGUCCAUGGUUCUCUUCUGGCUGUGCACUUGGGGGGCGGCGUCGCGCGUAAUCGACUACGACUGGAUACCCAUGACGUACCUCGCCGGCAUCGUCGCCGUCUUCCUCGUCCCGCUGAAGAACCUGCCCAGCGGCGGGAGGAGGCGGUUUCUCGCGACGCUGAAGCGCGUUAGCAUAGGGGGCAUCGCGGAGGCGCAGGACGGCAAGUUUGGCGACAUUCUGCUCGCCGACGUGCUGACGUCGUACGCCAAGGUGUGCGGCGACGUGUUCGUGACGCUGUGCAUGUUUUUCACGGCCGGCGGGUCGUCCACGAAGCGGCCGGAUCGGAGCUGCGGCGGGACCGUCGUGGUGCCCUUGUUGAUGGGCGUGCCCAGCGCCAUACGGUUCCGGCAGUGCAUCAUCGAGUACCUCCGCGUUCGGCGGGCGCCGUACAAGGAGUCGGCGGGCUGGGGAGGCCAGCAUCUGGCCAACGCCCUCAAGUACUCUACCGCGUUCCCUGUCCUCGUUGCGAGCGCGCUGCAGCGCAACACGGACGAUGCGGCGGCCAGGGCGGCGUACAACAGGGCCUGGCUGGUGGCCGUGCUCGUCAACUCGCUGUAUUCGUUUUACUGGGACGUCGCCAAGGAUUGGGACAUGACGCUCUUCGCGUCUAGGCGGGAGCGCAAUUCGUCCCACCACCCCUGGGGGCUUCGCGACAGACUCAUCUUCCGCCCCGUCAUCAUGUACUACGCAGUCAUUGUGCUGGACCUGAUGCUGAGGUGUACUUGGUCCUUGAAGUUGAGUCCUCAUUUGGACAAGUUUAGUGAUUUUGAGAGCGGCAUCUUUCUGAUAGAGUUUCUCGAGGUGUUUCGGCGAUGGGUGUGGAUAUUCCUCCGGGUGGAAACCGAGUGGAUUAGGAAUUCGUCUACCGGGUUGGGUAUUGAUGAUAUUUUGUUAGGCGAUUACCAGGGCAAGGAUGACGAUGACGAGUAA